CUCCCUCAUGUAUGCCGACAUGGUAAUUGUCAAUAAAAUGAAUUGAAUGUAUGAACAAAUUACGAACUUUAUCAGUGUCAGUCAUUGUGCGACUCAACAGGUAUCUUGGAUGAACUCCAAUAUCUACGAUAAGAGUCCCCGUGUUAUUUAUAGAUAGGAGGAAUAUACGCGUAUGCUCUGGAUGACUGACCAUGUCCCGUGUUUCGGGAGCUAACGUUUAUUUACAUAUUUGUUUACUCAAGGGAUCGGACGAAGCCGAAUUCACAUUGCACUGAUCCUCGGAACCCGUUGCUGUUUGAACAUGUGAAUAUGGCAAACAUUCCGUGUCUCAAAAAUGAACACCGAUAACCGAAAAUUCAAAGUGAUUUUAACAAGACGGUUAGCUCAACAGGUGGAUGCCAGUGAAAGCGAAGCUACCCUCACCCCCUUGCCAAGGACAGCAAAUGGCCACACUGAUGUACAGAACGGGGACACCUCCAUCGAGUGCUGCACUCUCGUCCAUCGGGAAUUGUGUUCGGACGAUGACGUCGACAACUCGUUCGGCCAACGUCUAAGAAAUGGCGCGGAUCACGACGAGGCGGUUGAUACGUCAGUUGGUGGUCGUAUCAACGACUCUGAACGUAAGGCGGUGAACCAGUUUUAUCCCUUCUCUGUCAUUGAUUUCCUUGUCAUCAAUGUGUCUGUUGUGUUCUUCUGCAUCGAUUUUAUGACGGACAUUCUGCUGGCCAAAGAUUACUAUGACGAUGGUAUGAUGUUAGAAUUUGCGUUGACGUCAUCAUUCGUUGCUGGGUCAUUUCUGGUCACUGGGAUACUGAGUUCCAUCUGGCAUGCUCAAGAGAAAAGCCGUCGAAAUAUAUGUCUGAUAAUCCUGGCAUUUCCAUUUGCCACCAUCGAGAGAAAUAUAAAAUACGCAUUCCAUGGCUGCAAAAGUAAGCUAAAGGGAAGCAAUGAAUACUAUCACUACAUUGAAAUGAUCUACACAGACCGAGACGCCAGUCUCCUAAGGAUGUUUGAUGCAUUUAUCGAGUCUGCCCCUCAACUAGUCCUACAAAUCUAUCUCAUUCUCAGAGAACAGGAGAAUCUCAAGAACUGCGAGGAUGUUGAAGUACACAGUCAUAUCCUUCGGAUGUUGACUGUCCUGUCCUCGUGGGUUUCCGUUUCCUGGUCAGUGACGGCGUACUAUCGAGCCCUGCGCGUCAGCAACGCCAUGCACAAGACCCAGCAAAAGACCGCACUAGCUGCUACCGGCUACUUCUUGUGGAGAUCUUUUGAAAUCGGACCAAGGGUACUGGCGUUAGUACUGAUGAUUCUCAUCAACCCCAUCAUAUUUGCAUUGAUUGUCGUCUUUCAUUGGUUCGCGGUUGUCACGUGGUCAUUUGCAACGAAGGCUAUGCCAUAUGAGAAACUCCACGAUAACGCCAUAUUUAUUGUACUAAUUGGAUUUGUACAGGUGUUCUCCUUUAUGAACAUCAGUCCCGGUAAAUCUCGAUACCACGCAUUGUUAUACUACACUUUCUUUUAUAUUGAAAAUAUUGUUAUACUUAUCUUAUGGAUUAUUGCCAAGAAAGAAUCUUAUUGUCCGUGGAUUUAUUACGGCGCCAUUGGCAUUGUCUCCAGUGGUAUUGUUUUUACUCUAGUUUUUAAUGCAUGUUUUUAUAAAUUGUGUCACCCUAAAACUGGGAUUUUGUAAUAAAAUAGUAAAACUUUGA